AUGACGUCCCAAGUUCGCUUCGCUAGCCUCCUGUCUGGCUUGAUCGUUGCUCUGGUGUUAGACGGCACCUCUGCCUCUUACGACACAGUGACGGCUGAAGCGAGCUGUAUGAGAGAUGCAUUUGACAGUACAAAGUUCUAUUUUGAUGUUUAUGUCUUCCACGAUAAUAAUGCCAUAUCCCGAGUUAUAGGAGGAUCGAUAUCAGGUGGCUCCAGUCAAGGUUCCUUUAAUAUAACACAUUUAAGUGAUACAUGUGAAUGGACCACAAGUGAAGGCAUCAAAAGUGGCGAAACAGGACUGGUUAAUGUUAGCACCGACGUUAGUGAUAGAAUGAUUAUCAGGACUGAAUUCAUAAUUGAUGAGGGGCUUGUAGGAAAAUGUGGAGAGACACUGGGAGAGAAACCAUACGUCGUUUUUGGCCUGCUGAUUCAGAAAUACGUAGACAUAUUAACGUCAAAAAGCGAUUCUCUCUUUAUAACUGCACAGUGCAACAUCGAAACCGCAAUCGGAAGUGUUAUCUCAACAUCACUUUCGCCAACAAGUUUCUCCGGCAUAGAUUCGAAAGAAGCCUUUCAAGUUGAUUUGGAUCUUGAGAUAUCGAUUCUAAAGAAAGUGGACCCAACAGGCGCAUAUACCUUGGACAACUACGUAGAUUCUACUUCAAACGGCGUUACAUUAUCUGUUGGGGACGAUAUACGCAUCAGUGUACAUGCCAAGGACUACUCAGAAAGUUCCUGUCUGAGCAUAUUUGAUGACCUAGUCGUCACUGGUGACCUUAAUGUCGACUCAUGUAAUCGACUCAUUACUUCAAGUGAAUCGAAAACGCAUGCCACUAUCGACGAAUGUAUCAACGAUCAAGUCUGUAUCGCGUCCAGUCCAAGUGAAUUUCCACCGUCGGACUUUAGCGACAGGAUCGCAUCGAGUGUCAACCUAGUUGAAUACAAUAGUCAAACACAACUAUGUAAGAAAUAUGUGUGUUCGAAUACUAUUAUUGGAAAUGAAUUUGGCCCUAAGUUUGAGGGAGCUGGCACUGCAGAAAUAUCGUACAAAUACAUUCCUCAACCAGUUGGGCCGUCUGGAUUAAUGGUUGUUGGCGUAGAAGUGAGUCCAACGGAGGAUUUCGAAGAAGCGAUAUCACUUUAUGAACAAAAGUCGAUGUUCGGUUUGACGAUCGGAAGUUGCUACAACUACGAAAAAGAUUUGAUAGAUUACGGCAGUAGUGGUAGUGGGAGUGGCGAAUUUCCGGGCGAAUCUUUUGGCCGAGGUGGCUGGUAUACUGCACAAAUGUAUCCACUGAAACACCAUGAAAUUUCAGAUCAAUUAACUCUAUUUAAAUUCGUGGACAGUGAUGACCUCUACAUUCGAGCUAAGGUUCAAUCGUGCUAUAGCAAAACUAGUGCCGGCAACGAUAUUGUGGAGUAUCACGUCUGUGCACAGGCAUUUAUGGCAUGUGGGGAUAUAGUUAGGAAGAAAAGGGACAUCACAACUGGAAUUGUGAAACGCAACAUUACAACAACUCCGACUAUAAGGAUUGACUUGGCAAACGGAAAUGUGAUCCGAAUUGGGAAUGAUAGAGUUACAGAAAAAACGGAAUCCCAGGGAAUUUGGACAGAACAAAUGGAAUUUUUGAUCAUGCUUGUUGGCAUUAUCGCCCUCGUCCUGCUUUGUCUUGGAUUGAUGGUAUUCAUUUGUUGUCGACGGAGAAAGCAACAAAAACAAGAUACAAAGGAAGAUGAAGUCAAAACAGUUUACGUGUCCUAAGUGAAUGAAAAUAACGUCGGACAUUCCAACAUAUACAGGGUGGGCCGAAAACGCCACGUUUUUCAAAACACUAUUACUUUUUAUUUUCAAACCUGCAUACACCAACCUUUGCAGUUAUAUAGUGUUAAGGGAUCUCAGUAAAGAUAUUUUGUAACAAGUCAGUCAACUUGGAUUAUGUUUUAUCUAAAAGAGGAGUUCAAUUGGUGUGCAAUCCUCUUUGAUGAUAACUUUUAGUCUAAGUUGCCUUGCUGAUAUAGCAGUAUCAGUAAAAUGAUGGCCAAGUUUCUUUCAACCUGUCCUGAUUGCCAGCUUUAGUUGGGCAAUUUUGUUUUAGAUUGGAUGCCUUCAUACCAUCUCCUGGAGACCUUCAAACAUCCUAUACUCACUGGGGUCUGCAUCAGGGCUAUAAGCUUGG